GGCAGAGUCCUCAGCCACCUGUGAGGUGUGUGAGGGGGCAGAGGAGAUGCCGGAGCCGCUGAGGCAGUGCAUGGCCUGGCUGAGAGCCUACUUCUGUGAGCCAGCAACAGUGGGGAGCCUGCCUGUGCCAGCCUUCCACCAUCCCCUGCUCCAGAGAGAUUCCUUCACCAAGCAAGUGCUGUGGACCCUGUUGAAUGAUGUGAAGUUUGGAGAGGCUGUUUCCUACAAGCAAUUAGCAGACCUGGCAGGCAACAGCAGAGCAGCAAGAGCCGUGGGAGGAGCAAUGAGGAGCAACCCUAUCCCCAUCAUCAUUCCCUGUCACAGGGUGAUCCUGAGCAGUGGGCAGACCGGCCACUAUGGAGGAGGACACCUGAUGAAGGAGUGGCUCUUGUCACAUGAGAAGCUCCAGAAGGAGAAGUUGGCACUGUGA